UGUUUACCAGUCAUCCAUCCAACCAACGAAUGUUCGCGAAUAGACAAUGUACAUUCAUAAAUAAUAAUAAAUGUGACUUUUAACACAUUCAUUAUUCUUGUAACUUGGCAUACGUUUACACAAUAAUAUCAACAUUAAGUUACGGGAGUUAACAGACUAAACGACAACAUACCACGGUGUCAACACUCACACGACCGGCCAUCUUUUCUCUCUAGCUAGCUAACGCUAGCUAUGCUAGCAAAGUUAGCUUGCUAGCUAACGGAAACUGCCCGGAACGCUUUAUAAAGGCAGCUCUCGGAGAUCUUCAAGCAAAGUAACACCUCGUUCAUUUGACGACGCCAUGUGUUGACUCGCAAACCAGAAAUCAACACAACUCGGCUGUUUUUAACAAGAGACAUAAACUGCUUAAAUCACUUUUGGAUAUACGCUUUUGGACAGUUCCAAACAUGUCCUCAUUUUCCGAAUCUGCACUGGAGAAGAAGUUGUCAGAGCUGAGUAACUCUCAGCAGAGUGUCCAGACUUUAUCGUUGUGGAUCAUUCAUCAUCGCAAACAUUCGUCUUCCAUCGUCCGUGUAUGGCACCGAGAACUAAAGAAAGCUAAAAGCAGUCGGAAGCUGACCUUUCUUUACCUCGCCAAUGAUGUCAUUCAGAACAGUAAGAAAAAGGGCCCUGAGUUCACGCGAGAUUUUGAGGGGGUCCUUGUUGAUGCUUGCUCACACGUAGCAAGAGAGACAGAUGAGAGCUGUAGGAAGCAUAUGGAAAGGCUGUUGAAUAUCUGGCAGGAGCGCAGUCUCUACCGCACAGACUUUAUCCAGCAGCUCAAACUGGCCAUUGAGGACUCCAAUAGCCCCAAACACAAGGCUGCAGAUGAGAAGAAAGGUUUGAAAAGAAGUUUCCAGAAGGUCCAGGAAGAAGAAGAGGAAGAUGACGAUGAUGACUACAGGACUCAGUAUUCUCCCCACGAGACAGAUGGAACUGGCCCUCAGCUGACAGAAGACCUGGUAAAAGCGCUGCAGGAUCUGGAGAAUGCUGCAUCUGGGGAUGCUGCUGUACGGCAGAAGAUUGCCUCUCUCCCUCAGGAAGUGCAGGACGUCUCUCUGCUAGAGAAGAUUACAGAUAAGGAAGCUGCAGACAAGUUGUCCAAGACUGUGGACGAAGCAUGUCUGCUGCUGGCCGAGUAUAAUGGCCGUUUGGCGGCCGAGCUGGAGGACCGCAGGCAGCUGGCGCGCAUGCUCACCGACUACAUCCACAGCCAGAAGGAGGCGCUCAGCGAGCGGGAGAAGAAGCUGGAGGAGUACAAGCAGAAGUUGGCGCGAGUCACACAGGUGAGGAAGGAGCUGAAGUCACACAUCCAGAGCCUGCCUGACCUCUCCCUCCUACCUAAUGUGACUGGAGGAUUAGCCCCGCUCCCCUCUGCCGGAGACCUCUUCUCCACCGACUGAACAGCAGCACACCCACAAGCACAUACCCAUACUCACCAAGUCAUUCACACACUCUCUCUCUCUCUCUCUCUCUCCCCCCCCCCCCCCCCCCCCAUGAAUUUCUUACUCUCUCUCACUCGCUCACCCCCAUCCUUCUCUUGUGCUCAAGAUUUUAAGAAUCCCAGCUCCCACCAAGAUGUGCUCCAGCCACUAGAGGUUGCCAGGGAGUACAAAACCAACAGGACUAUGAUUCCACUGUCACCAGCCUACCAGCUCAUACCUAGCCAGUCCCCAGCCCCCGUGUCUUUGGGUUUUUUUUAAAGGAAACUCCAGCCACUUUUUGCUCCAUGUGUGGAAUUUCACCAAGAGCAAGUGUGGUUCUUCCUUCUCCAGCUUUGGAUAGGACUCUGCUGUGAAAAUAGCGGCAUCCUGUGCUAUGUCUAGUCCUUACUAGAGUUUUAGUUUUACUUUAAAGUGUCAUUUUGCUUUAUUUGCUCAGUAAUUCUCCUAUCAGGUAUUGAUUGUGGCAUGUUUAUUGACAGAGAGUCUGAAGGCAUUUUGUGUUGCUGUGUUAAGCUUCUCAUUCAAAUUAGGUACCUGAAAUAAAGACGAGGGCUCAUGAUUUUUAAGACAACAAAACCACAGCUAAGUGAACAGCAGUGAAGGGAUCAGUGUCUCAGUCUCCCUUGCUCACCUGUUUUACAUGAUCUUGCUGAUGUCAUGUGUUAUGGUUAGCUAAGACUGGCAGCAGGAAGUGUCACUGCAGUGUUAAAUCCAGACUUGUUUGGAAAAAUGAGGCUUAUACACAUUAAAACUUUUAAGUUAUAAUCUGUAUUUCAUUAUUUACCCAGACAUGUACAAAGGUGACAAACUUAAAACCUAGGUUGAUUUUAUAUCAUUUUUUUGUGGUAAUGACAUUUCACUAAAUGAUUUGAUAUGGAUUUUUUUUUUUCUUCUAUUGUCCAGCCCCAUGGUAGGCUGCCAACUCCACAGUGUGGCCUGGUUUCUUAGCUUGGCAGCUGGUAGAACAAACCGGUUUUCUCUAUGCUUUUUUUUGUGUCUUCAUACAGAAACUACUCUUUGUAACAGCCAUGCCUCAACUACCUGAAAAUUAUAUUGUUUUCAAAAAUG